AUGUACUCGCCGGAAGAGGCCGCCGCGCUGGAGAAGCGCAACUACCGCAGCAUCAGGGAGAUGAUCCGCCUCUCCUACACGGUGGGCUUCAACCUGAUGCGGCCCCGCCGCUGGGACGUUGCCCUGAGAAUCUGGACCGUCGUGCUCAGCGUGAGCAGCCUGCUGUCCCUGUACGGCCACUGGCAGAUGUUCAGGCACUACGUCGAGGACAUGCCGCGGAUAGUCGAGACUGUCAGCACUGCCUUGCAGGUCCUCACGUCGGUCUUCAAGAUGUGGUACUUCCUGUUCGCCCACCGACGGAUCUACGAGCUGCUGCGGCAGGCCCGCUGCCACGAGCUGCUGCAACGCUGCGAGCUCUUUGCCACCAUUGCGGAUCUGCCCGUGGCUCAGGUGCUCCGCCGGCGGGUGGCGGCCAUCAUGCAGCGCUACUGGGGCAGCACCCGACGCCAGCUCCUGAUCUACCUGUACAGCGUGAUAGCCCUCACCUCGAACUAUUUCAUCAACUCCUUUGCCCGCAACCUGUACCGCUACUUGACCCAGCCGCCCGGCAGCUUCGAUAUCGUCCUUCGUGAGUAG